AUGGCCUCGACCUCGAGUGAAACUGUCGUCCUUUCAAACAAUCAGCAUGAGAUAGUCCGUCAAUUAGCAGAUUUCCCUGAAAACAUUUGGGCCGAUUCUAUCUCUUCAUUUACUCUCGAUGAGCAGGUUCUCAAUGAAAUAUUAAAGAAACUAAAUAAAAAUCUCAUUGAAGAAAGAUUUGCGCGGUGCUUUCAGGGAUAUGAUUUGUGUGCCAAAGAGAUUGAAAUGUUAAAGGCAGAAGUGAUGAGCAUGCUUUUGGCAACCAGCAAAACCAUGAUGGAGAAACUCAAUUUUAUAAAUCAAAUAGAAAGACUUGGUAUCUUGCAUCACUUUGAGGAUGAGAUUGAAAACCAACUUCAACAGUUUUUCAAUCUGUGCACCAACUUGGGAGAGCAUCAAGAAUAUGAUUUAUCUGCUGUAGGACUUCAAUUUCGACUCUUCAGACAACAUGGUUAUAAUAUUUCUUGUGACAUCUUCGACCAAUUCAUUGAUGGAAAUGGUAAGUUCCAGGAAUCCUUAUGCAGUGACAUGAAAGGUCUACUAAGUCUAUAUGAAGCUGCUCAUGUGAGGACACAUGGAGAUAAGAUUUUAGAUGAAGCCCUUGCGUUCACAACCACUCAUCUGAAACGGGGACUUUCCUAUGUGGUUUCUACUCUUGCAAAACAAGUAACACAUGCCCUUGAGAAGCCACUGCAUAAGGGCAUUUCAAGAUAUGAGGCCUAUUGUUACAUCUCCAUAUACGAGGAAGAUGAAUCUAAUAACAAAUUACUGCUAAGGCUUGCCAAACUGGAUUACCACUUGUUACAGAUGCUAUAUAAACAAGACCUUUGUGAGAUAAUAAGAUGGGGGAAGAAAUUGGACAUGAGAUCAAAAAUUCCAUAUGCAAGGGAAAGAUUUGUCGAAUGCUACUUUUGGGCGGUUGGAACCUUUUAUGAACCUAAGUACUCUUUUGCUCGACAGAUGUUUGCAAAAAUAGCAGUGUUUGUUGCAAUAGUUGAUGAUGCCUAUGAUGCUUACGGCACUCUUGAAGAACUUAAAAUUUUCACGGACGCUGUUGACAGGUGGGAUGGCAAUGGAAUCGAUCAACUCCCAGAAUGCUUGAAGACAACCUACAUGACACUUCUGAGCCUCAAUAAAGAGCUUGAGGAAAUUUUAGCUAAAGAGCGAAGAACCUAUGCAUUCAACAAGUAUAUUCAAGAAGUAUGGUACCAUGUUCCUAAUUUGAUUGACUAUGUUAAUAUAUCUACUGUCAUAUCGGUUGCUACUUGCUGGGCCGAAAUAAACAGAUGGGAAAACUAUACGAGGACAAGCUUCACUCAGUCAAAGUGGUUUCUUACAAACGAAUUGCCACCUUUUGCUGAUUACUUGAGCAAUAGUCUGAUCACAAGCACAUACUAUCUGCUGGCAGCAGCAGCUUUUCUUGGCAUGGAUAGUGCCUCGGAGGAUUUCGAGAAAGAAAGGGGCAGUGGCACAGCCAUUGAAUGCUACAUGAAAGACUAUAAUGUGUCAGAGGAAGAGGCAAUGAAGAAGUUUGAAGAGAUGUGUGAGGAUGCUUGGAAGGUAAUGAAUGAAGAAUGCUUAAGGCCUACUACCAUUCCAAGAGAAAUUUUCAAAGUGAUGCUCAAUCUGGCACGAAUAUGCGAAGUUGUUUACGACCAACGUGAAGAUAAAUUUACUUGUCCGUCUUACCUUGAAGGCUACGUGAAGGCUAUGUUCAUUGACUCCAUAUCGGUUUGA